GUGGACGGCUCGUAAUUUUGAACAGACGGGGAGCAGCCAGCCACCCAGUAGCUGCUCCGGCUAGCUAGUUAGCUGGUAGCAAAACAUCGGCAAAUGUUUUACUAAAGAAUGGACAUUACGCCGUUUCUGUACUCCAGAUAAGGUGGAAAUCUCCCCGCGGUGUCAUUAUUAAACAUGAACACUCAUAUUGUUACUCCUGGACCCUAUCGAGCUACGAAAUUGUGGAAUGAGGUGACGCGCUUGUUCCGGGCCGGCAUGCCUCUCCGGAAGCACCGGCAGAACUUCAGGCACCACGCCUCCUGCUUCACCGCCUCCGCCGCCGUGGACUGGCUGCACCAGCUGCUCCAGAGCAACAGCAACUUCGGCCCCGACGUCACCAGGCAGCAAACGGUUCAGCUCCUGAAGAAGUUCCUGAAGAACCACGUGAUCGAAGACGUGAAGGGCCGCUGGGGAACCGAGGAUCUGGAGGACAACCAAGUUCUGUACAGAUUCCCGUCCACGUCACCCCUGAAACCCAUCCCCUGUCCGGCUCCAGCACAAGGCUCCAGGACCAUAAGGAAAAGGCCGUCGCUUAGGGACCGGGAAGGUUUCUUCAAGUUUAGAAACCUCAAGAAGCAGGACAAGGAGCCCACGGAGAACGUAGAUCCUGCCGGCCAAACUCCACGAGACGAAGCGAGUGAGCCGACGGAGGAGCAGCAGCCACAGAGACGAGAGCUGACCGCGGAGGACGAAGAGGAGAUCUGGAGAGACGUCACGCUGACGCACCUGCAGAGAAUCCUGGACGUCGCGUCUCUCCACGAGGUUCUGGACCAGCGCUGCAUAAAUCCCCAGAACAUCAUCCAUAACAUGACCAAAGUCAACAAACAUGGAGUGGUGACUCUGGAUGACAAGAGCAGUGACCUUCCUCACUGGGUGUUGUCUGCCAUGAAGAGCCUGGCGAACUGGCCAAAGUAUGACAGCGACCAGCCGUCCUACCCCGGCUUUGAGAGAGACGUCUUCAAAACGGUGUCCGAUUACUUCUACAGCCUUCCACAGCCGCUGCUGACGUACGAACUGUACGAACUGUUCAUCAACGUGCUGGUGUUUAGCGGCUAUGUCAGGGCGCCCGGUGCGCCGCGGCGUGGAAAGCGCAAGAGCUCGGACCCCCCCUGCGUGCCGCCGCCGGCCAAGUCGUCGUUCCGCUCCACAGAGUGCCUCCUGCUGUCGCUGCUGCGGCAGGGCUCCUGCGACGAGGCGGAGUCGCCCAUGGGAGACGUCCUCGGCAGGAAGCUUCAGACGCGCCUGGAGGCGGCGAAGGAAGGCGGAGACGGCUCCCAGAGCGCCGUCAUCUCGGCGAAGACGCGCGGCAGAAGCUGCUCCCUGGAGACGGUCCUGGACCGCUCGCCUUCUCUCCGCCGGCGGCAGCUGUUUCUGUCCAGGGAGAGCCUGCCGUCCAGGCAGAGCAUGCCGUCCGGGGAGAGCAUGCCGUCCGGGGAGAGCAUGCCGUCCGGGGAGAGCCUGCCGUCCGGGGAGAGCAUGCCGUCCAGGGAGAGCCUGCCGUCCGGGGAGAGCCUGCCGUCCGGGGAGAGCCUGCCGUCCAGGGAGAGCAUGCCGUCCAGGGAGAGCCUGCCGUCCGGGGAGAGCCUGCCGUCCAGGGAGAGCCUGCCGUCCGGCUCCGGCUGCAGCGACCCGCAGCAGCAAAGCUCCGCUUCCUCCGCUCAGGAGAGCUGCUUAAACUCCACGUUUGCGUUCAAAGCGGAGCAGCUUAUUGGUGGAAACGCUCCGGGACAUACGGCGCCCGCUUUGCGGCCUCGCCGUGCGGGCAGCUGUCUGGACGUCGUCAGAGAGGCCAGAGAAGAGAGCAAGUGGUGCGGUCGCGCCGCCAGCUGCCUGGAUGUGAACGCUCCAUCCCUGCCCCAUCACUCCUCCUCUUCGUCCCAUCAUCCUCGCCCUCUUUCGUCCGGCGUCGCCCGGGCACCCGGCAGGCCCGACCCCGCCUCCACGACCUCUAACCUUUGGGCGUUCCCUGCGCCCGCUGUCGUCCGGCGCUGCUUCAGCUCUCUGGAUGUGUCCGAGCCGCCUCGGCGCCUUUCCCGGCUCAAGCUGCCUGUCUGUGUGGCCGCCAGCACCUUCCAGCUCCCCCAACCCAAAGCCGAGCACAGUGUCCUCCGGCCUCAGUGCGAGCGCGUGGCCGUCGAGGCGCUGCAGCUCUGCACCCUGCUCCUCCCCCCCGCGUCCCGCAGGAAGCUGCAGCUCCUCAUGAGGAUGAUGUCCCGCAUCAGCCAGAACGUGGACAUGCCUGCCCUGCACCCGGCCAUCGGCACCCGGACCCUGAUGGUUCACACGUUUUCAGGCUGUGUCCUGAGCAGCGCUGAGGAGUGUGACCUGGAUGAGCUGCUGGCGACCCGACUGCUGUCAUUUCUGAUGGACCAUCAGCAAAGCAUCCUGUCAGUCCCAGACUACCUGCUCACCGCCAUCAGGGACCACAUACAAUACCUGCGCUCCAUACAGGUCCCUGUCGACUCCGGUCCAAACGCUGGCCGCAGUGACCCAGUUUGUGUUCCUAUGCCGGUUUAUGCGUUCUGCAAACAAAUAAGCGGCGCUGAGUUUGAGCAGCAGAAAGCAGAGGCCUCCCAGAAGGCCAUGGAGGAGCUGCUGGAGAUCCUGCUGACGGACCAGAACAUCAACGAGAAGGACCGCCGCAAGAAACUCAAGCAGUUUCAGAAGCAGUACCCGGACAUCUACAGGCGCCGGUUCCCCCCCGCUGCAGCCCAGAGCAAGGCGGACAACAAGCCAAAGAUCAAACCCCCGCUGCUGAACAUCAGGAGGAACAAAACCUUCAGCAUCAGGAGCUGAAGCGCCUCAAACGCCGUCGCCUUCCUCCCAUCGCGUUCGCUGCACUGAGGCCGAAUCUUCAGCUGGACAUUCUGCAGCAACGCGGCUGUUACAUUAGAAGUGCAAACGUCCCCGUUAUGUCUCGCUUUUAUGUGUCGCUGCACGUUAGUUAUGUCCUACAUAAGCUUCUGUGGGAGAGUUUACACUUCAUGGAUUACUUUUAAAUCUAGUUUAAUCUUCUGUUAUUUAGAUUUCCUUUUGGUAUACGUGGCUGUGCAAACGGCAUGUAGAGCAAACUUGGGAGUAAAGUCUGCAGGAUCAUUGCUCAACAUGUGAAUAAUUUAUAAGGAUGAUGGCAUUGGGAGAAACUCCAUUUGUUUUUAAAGGCUUUGUUUAGGAAAGGUUCGGCUUUAAUUUUUAAAUGUGACUUCUAAAUGUUGGUAAAACCUUUUUCUCUACCUUUUUAAUCGUGCCGUUUUUAAAAGCCUUUCGUGUUUUACUGUUUCCAGAUUUAACUAAUUUAAGAGGAGCGGGUGCUUUUGGUUCCCCAGGCUCUGUUUCUCUAAUUAUUUCUGCCCUGGUUUCAGGUUAGGAGAUGUUUUGCACUACGUUUGAGAAGAAAACUUUUGGUCGCCACAAAGUUAAUCUGUUUAAGUUAUAAAGACUUUUAAUUAAAACUUAAUCCAAAAUUCUUAUUUCAAUUGAAAGCGUUGUUUUUGGUGAUAAACGGGGAGGACAGGGAAGAUGGUCCAAGGGGGUCUCUUGAUUUGCUGAAAGUAAAAUUUAAAUUCCUACAACUUUAAAUUUUAUACUAUUUGCUGACUGGUGCUUUUUAAAUUAUGUUAAAGGAAGUGAAACUAAAUGCUUUUAGACGAUCCCUCUUUUUUUUUUUUUUUAAAUGUGUAUUUGUCCAUAUGAAGAGUUACGUUUAAUACCUCAGUUAAAAUGAAGAUGUUUACCCAAACUGAUGCUUUGUUGCCAUCGUUUUUCCUGACAUAGGCGUGAAAAUGCACCUGCAACUGUUUACUAUGCAAAACUGUUGGGAAAUAAAAUUGUUCUGCUGUCUGA